AUGGUGAUUGACUACAGUCGUUGGGACAACCUCAAACUCUCUGAUGACGAAGACGAAGACGAGGCUCCACCGAAUCUGACCAACGUAGUCGAUACGAGGAGUGCAGCUCGUCCGCCCCAGGAGUCAGGCAAGAAAGCGGACUCAUCUCUAUCAAGAGAACAAGUGGAUUUUCUCCCAAAGUAUCUGAUACUGGUCCACAGCAAGAUCCGUGACACUGUGCUCUUACAGAUGAAGGAGAAUGGUCUCCAGUAUGCGAAUCCUGUUGGCCUCUAUGGUAUCUCCCUUCCAACUUCGUUCGGUCCUCUGGAUGUCAUGUCAUUUAGCAGCUUCUUUCCUGGAUCCGGCUACGACCGCGGAUGCAAGAUCGUAGCUUCCUUGCUUUCCAUGAGCACUGAGGUUUACAUGGAGAUUAUUGGCAACAGGGAGAGGAGCAUGGGAUUGAUGGCAGCUGUCCCGUAUGACGCUCAAUUCCUUGGCGAUCCUGUCCCGUUCGGGUCGAGCGCUCUUCAUGUACGGUACGGACAAGAAAGGCAAGGACUCUACAAAAAGGUUCCCGGACCAGAGUUCAAAGAAUGCAAGAUGGGUCCUCUAUGUGGCGGCCCGAUUGUUCUAGUGCAAGCCAAAUCCCAACGAGGUCCUUUUGACACUGAGGCGUAUGUCAUUGAAAAAGUAAAGGUGGAUGAGAUGGACAUUCCAAAGGUUGUCACCAAGCUGCUCGAUAAGCCUAAUGCGUACUACUAA